CCCCACCCUGCCCCGCUGUCGCCAGUGCCGCUGCUGCCCCUGCUGCUGCUGCUCCCAGCAAUGGCGGAGACUGCCAAGCUCCAGCUGUUUGUCAAGGCCAGCGAGGAUGGCGAGAGCGUGGGACCCUGCCCUUCUUGCCAGCGGCUCUUCAUGCUCCUGCUUCUCAAGGGCGUGCCCUUCACCCUGACCACCGUGGACACUCGCAGGUCCCUGGAUGUGCUUAAGGACUUUGCCCCUGGCUCGCAGCUGCCCAUCCUUCUCUACGACGGCGACGCCAAAACAGACACACUGCAGAUCGAGGAGUUUCUGGAGGAGACGUUGGGGCCCCCUGAAUUCCCUAGCCUGGCGCCCCGCUAUGGAGAGUCCUCCACAGCCGGCAACGACGUCUUUCACAGGUUCUCGGCCUUCAUCAAGAACCCGGUGCCCACGCAGGACGAUGCCCUGUACCAGAUGCUGCUGCGAGCGCUCACCAGGCUGGACUGCUACCUGCGCACGCCCCUGGGGCACGAGCGCGCGCGGGAACCCCAGCUCCGCGAGUCGCGCCGCCGCUUCCUGGACGGCGACGAGCUCACGCUGGCUGACUGCAGCCUGCUGCCCAAGCUGCACAUCGUGGACACGGUGUGCACGCACUUCCGCCGAGCGCCCAUACCGGCCGAGCUGUGCGGCGUCCGCCGCUACCUGGACAGCGCGCGGCAAGUGAAGGAGUUCAAGUACACGUGUCCAUCCAGCGCUGAGAUCCUUGCGGCCUACCGGAUGGCCGUGCGCCCCCGCUAACCCCUCCCCCGCCGUCUCCAGCCACCACCUGCCCCCUCUCCUACAGCCCCAUAAAGGCAUCUGUGCCCCAGGGAAGGUGUCCUGACCUCCGAGGGACCAGAGGGCCCCAUUUCUGC